AUGUCUCAAGAUCCGUGGUUACAGAAUCAUGAGGCUAAUUGUCGCCUGGCCCAAGAAAUAGCUGAAAACAUCCAUGAGCGAAACAGACAACAGAAAACGGGGGGUAACCCUGCCAAAAUCAAUAUGACUCUUCGAGCAUCUCUACAGAAAUUAAAGCAGAAUAUUUCUCAGCUGAAAGAAGGUUUGUUGCGGUCUUCCUCGUCACGUCGCAUAACUCAAGCAGAAGCAGACAGAAGGCAAAAUCUCAUCGAUGACCUCCUAAGCAGAGAGAAACAACUCAAUGCAACUUUCAAAGGAGAAGCUUCAGGAACCGAAGCCCACAGAUCCUCGCUCAUGACAGGGGGAACAAGUGCAGCUGCCAAUCCUUGGUUGAUAAAUGAAACUGAGGAGUCCAAAGGCCUGUCUUUUGGGGAUUUAAAGCAGCAGCAACGACAAAUCAUCGAUGCUCAAGAUGCUGGUUUGGAGGCCUUGGCAGCGGUCAUUAGCCGACAGAAGAUAAUGGGCCAAGAGAUUGGCAAUGAGCUGGAUGAGCAAAACGAAAUCAUUGAUGACCUUGCAAACCUUGUGGACAAUACUGACAACCGGAUCCGUAAUGAGACGCGACGAGUCAAACUGAUUGAAACCAAGUCUGCAACAUGCGGGAUGUGGGUGGUGAUCGUGCUGCUGCUCGUCGCCAUCGUAACGGUCGCUGUGUGGCCCAUGUGA